CUCAGCCAAGCAGAAACAAACUGAUCUUGCAUAAUUUCUCAUCCAUGCUUCUCCAAAAGGGCCUGUGGCACAGAGGGAGGAUCUCCGUGCUGGAAUUACCUUGCCAAAAAAAUUGUGUUCUUUAAGAAAAAGGCCUCUCUUUGCUAGGGUACCAUCUGUGCAACUAUACCCUGACCAAAAAUGUGUUUAAAAUGGUUGCCUACCAAAAGUCCUAUGAGAGAAACACGUCCUGUGGAGGAUGGAUACCGUGGAUGGUGUGUCCCCGGACGUACUAUAAAACAAAAUAUCAUAGCAUUGAAGUCCCUGAAACCAUCACACUCACAGAUUGCUGUGAAGGAUAUGAACAAGUUGGUCUCUACUGCUCUCUAGCACUCAACAGAUCCAGUGUAUUUGCCUCAAGACCUGGUAUUUGUCCAAUGGAGGAUAUGGAAACCUCUGAUUAUCCUUGCACGUUCGAUACUGAGUGUCCAGGGCUCAAAAAAUGCUGCAACUCAUCCAAAGGAGCAGGCUGUGUGGACCCAGUGCCAGAGGGAAGAACAUUCUGGUACAACGUGACAGUGCUUGUGAAAAUGGAUUUUAAUGAAUUAAUCAGAGUGGAUUCCCACCUUCUGAAUCAUUCCCGCCUCUUGCACUCCGUGAUCACUGGCGCGUUGCAGCCCUGGAAUGCCUCUGUGCACCACAUCCAGAGCAAUCCUGCAGGGAUAUACGCCGGGACAGUGGCCUCCCAGAUCCUCCUUGGGCUGCACCAGCCGGCUCUGCUGGCUGAGGUCUCUUCUUCCCUGGGUGACGUGGUGAAACGCGUGUAUGAAGUGAUUGACACGCAAGUGCAAGAUGUCAAUGAAUGUUCCUACGCUGAACUCAACGCCUGCCUCCAGAAAAGCACCUGUGUAAACCUGGAGGGUUAUUACAGCUGUGACCCUCAUGCCCAUGUCAUCCCUCACCAGCUGAGCCGAAGGAAGGAAGGCUUUGCAGCAUCUACUCCAAGUUCAGCAGUAGAUGCCAUUAGUACCAGCAAUAGCUCUCCUUCUGUAAUGAAUUCAAGUCUUUUGUCCAUAACUAAUCAAUCUGCAGAUGCUGGAUGCUAUCCUUCUGCAGUGACAAACCAUCGAAUCUUCAGUGUUACCAGCAACAGUUUUGAAAUGUCCUGGCAUGUCACUUCUCCUCUGAACCACACUUUCCAAGUCCAAGUGUUCAAGGGCCAGGAGACUGUCCAAGACCUGAAGACAGAGGAAAUGAAAAUGGAUGUGUCUCAGCUGGAAGCAGGUGUGAUGUAUUCAGUCGAGGUCAGCUACGAAACCUGUGGAAAAACCAUCAUCUCCCGUCAAAGUGUUAAAACAGAGGCCCAGAUAUUUGAUGUCACUCUGAGGAUUCUCAACUACAACUUCACUGAUGAUUUCCAUAAUUCCAGCAGCUCAGCGUAUGAAGAAUUUUCAAGGCUGUUUCUUACAGAGCUUGAACAUUCAUUUCCACCCGACAUUUCUGCUUUACACAAAUCUGGGAAGCUGAAAUUGCAGAUUGAAUCCCUGCAGGCUGGAAGUGUCAUUGUGAGGCUCAGAAUCACUGUGCAGGAUCCUGAGUUUCCAGUCAAUGCCUCCACAUUUGCCCCAGUGCUUUCCUACCUGCACAACAGUUCCGUGAUUUUGGUGGAUCAGCAAAACACUGCCGUAGGAGACUGGGAUGAAUGUGCUUCUUACACUGAGAACGACUGCUCUGUGUUUGCAGAGUGUAUCAAUUUGAUGGGCUCCUACAUGUGCAGAUGCAAGACAACCAUGGAUACCAAUCCAUCCAGGCCUGGAAGGAACUGUGAGGGUGAGAUUGUGGAUCCUCUGGCUGAAACAAUGGCUCCUGAAACAAGGAACAGCACAGAGUUUGCCCCUGAAGAAGGAAGCCCUGCAGGCCUUGCAUCUCCUGCUGCCACUGAGACAGCGGCCUCUUCACUGCCCCUGGGUGACAAACAAGCGUCCCACAGUCCCACCAGUGCUCCUUCAGCCCCUUGGAAAAAAGGUCUGGCAGCACAGGUGGGCUUUGACAGCCCCAAAGCCACGGGGACCACAACCAGCAAGGCACUGGCUGUGAGCACAGAGAGUUGGGCAGACACAAGUCCGUGGCAGCAAAGCUCCCUGGAAAAGGCUUCCCCUGGAGCACCACAGCCAGAGGCUGCUCUCACACACAUUCCCACGGGCACAGCUGGGCAAGAGCGACUCAGCUCCCCAUUGCUGGCGUUUCCAAACCAAACAACCUCUGCUACCACCAGAACUCCUGGUGUGCCCCAGGCCAGCUCUGGAGGUGGCCCUGGCACAGCUCUGCCGGCCACAGGGGAUGCUGAUGUUCCCACCCUCAACGCCACUCUUGGAGCAGAUGUGGAGGUGGGAAGAGAGAACAGCCCUUGGUCCCAGGAAUACACCGGAUCCCUGGGGUCUCCAGCUUUUCCAGGUGCCUCUCCAGCUCCCAGCCUGAUGCCAGGCCCAGCCAUGAAUCACACUGUCCAGAGGCUUAGUGGCACAGUUCGGAUAACAAAUGUGAAAUACUCCCCAGGCUUUGGCAAUACCAGCAGUGAGGAAUAUCAAACCUUUGCACAGCUCUUUGUUGAUGAAGUACAUAAAUCUCUGCCCCUCGAUGUUCUUCAGCAGGUGGAUGCUGGUGUGAUUAAAGUGCUGAUAACGGGUAUUACCAAUGGCAGCACUGGGGUAGAUUUCAAUUUAGUGGUUGCAGAAGAUGUGGAUAUCCACUGUGUCAUCACCACUUUUCGGGAUGCCUUGGAACACAGCUCCUACUUCACCAUUGACAAGAGCAGCCUCUCCAUAAAGGGUAAGGAGCAGCUUGUAUCCCAAGAGGACGACUGCUCCCCGGAUGCCUCGUGCCAUAACACUCUUGGCUUCUACCAGUGCAGCUGCAAGGAAGGAUGUGUGAAUGCACAGCCAGAAAGGCCUGGAAGAAGUUGUGAAGAACUUCCUGUCAGCCAGAAGGCAGCAGUGACAGAUAAGAAACCUGUGCACAAAACAGUUUUAUCUGUGACAUCUUUGCAAACUUCUUCCCCUGCUUCACUGGACUUCUCUGCUGCUGAGCACAAAGCUCUAGAGGACACCACAUUCUCCAGCACGGUGCUGCCUCCUCUCACCAAGGAUCCCGUGUCAACUCCUGAUCUUUCCCCUCAAGCAUCUCCAGCCCCCCUUGGCAAGCCUGCCCAGGAGGCUUCCAUUAAAGAUGCAGUGAGCGUGUCCUGUGAAAUUGAGAAGAUUGUCCUGGCCAUCCAGAAGAGGUUUUUACAGCAGGAGUCCAUCCCAGAAGCCUCCCUGUACCUGGGGGAGCCUCACUGCAAUGUGAGCAGGAGCAAUGGCACUCACGUGGUGCUGCAGGCAGGAUGGAGCGACUGCGGCACCGAGGUGGAGACUAACAUGACUAAUACUGUAGUGAAAACCAUCCUUCAGAACGAUGUUCCUACUCAGGGAAUAAUCCACCACUUAAAAUUUGCCAGUCCCAUUCACUGUGUGUUUCAAAAUGAUGUCUUGGCUUCCUCUGGGUACACUGCAGAAGGACUUUACACCAUCUUUGAGGACUUGCAUGGAUCUGGACACUUCAGAACACAAAUGCAGCUGUUUAUUGGGAACUCCCCAAUACCAAAGAACUUCAGUGUCUCUGCCAGUGACGAUGUGCUGAUCGAAGUAGGGAUGCAAAGAGAGGACAGCAAGCUCAAGGUGGUUCUCACUGACUGCUGGGCAACUCCAACUAAUAAUUCAGUGGAUCCCCUCUCAUUUGCUUUUAUCAGCAACAGCUGUCCCAUCCCAAAUACAUACACCACACUGCUAGAGAAUGGGAACUCGAACAAAGCCCAGUUUAAGAUGAAAAUUUUUUCCUUUGUCAACAAUUCUGUGGUUUACUUACACUGCAGAAAUCGUAUCUGUAUGGAGACACCGGGAAGAACCUGCAGGACAAGAUGCCACCCCAUGGUUCGGUUCCUGAAGGCUGGAGAAAUCAUUGCUACACACAGAACAUCCUGGGGACCCCUGUGUAAAGCAGCUGCAUCUGAUUUGAAGAGGGAAAAGCAGGCUGGGAUGGGAGUUGGAUACAUCAUCCUCAUUGCCCUCGCUGUGGUUGGGUUUGUGCUGGGAGUUGUGAGCCUUCUCAUUUUCCAGUGCCAGCGAAAGAUGGGAAGAUACAACUUCAGAAUCAAGUCUGACAACUUCAGCUACCAAGUGUUCUAUGAUUAGAGAUCCUCAGGUUACCUUGUUGGGAUCAUGUCUCAUCACAUGGAGAACUGAAACUUGUCUUCACUCAACAUUUGGCUUUCAUUGCUCUUCUCAGUAGUGGACUGGAUGGGUUGCAACACUGACCCUUCCAAAUUAAUAUCCUACAAAAAGGCUUCUAUACCCUCUGUUUUCUUUCCUCUCUUUUUUUCUUAACAAUCUACGUCUUCCCUGGUGUCCUAAGAACUAUUAAUGACUACAGCUCCAGCUUCAAGUGAAUUUUGGCAGUUUUUUCCAUGGAUAAAAUAGAAGGGAAAAACCAAAGACCUCAUUAUUAAAAUUCCAAGAUUUGGCUCUCCCACUGUACCACAUCACUGUGUGCCCAUCUCAGCAUCACUUGUGCCCUUAGUAUUGACAAGGUGCAUGUUUUUAUAAAUAUUCCAGGAAGUGAAUCAUCUAAACCUGCAGAGAAAUCUCUUUUUCGCUUUGUAAUUCACUGUUUACUUAAGGUGAGGUGGAAACUUUGAGCUGCAACAACGUUAAAGACCUAAUUGUGCAAUGCCUUAAGUAUACUGAGAACCUGGAGAACAAGCAUUGGAUUUGCCACCAAGUAAGGAAAAGGCACCGUGAAUUCAGAGCUUAACCUGCUCAGGGUGUUCUUCAGCACUCUGAUUUUGGGAUUUGGUUGGAAAUUCUGUAAUCGACCAGGACUCAGUGGAAAAAGAGAAGAGAAAAAAGAAACGAUUUUUCCUGCUGGCAGCCCAUGAUUACCCAGAUAAGCCAAUUGGUACCUGUAUAUUCUGUUAAUUAGACCAUAAUGAUCGUGCAGUCAAGCCACAAGUGAGAGCACUCCAAUUAUAACUGAAUAGUUUAUAUAUUUGAGCUGAGUUUUGCCCGGCUGCAAGACCAUUAUUGCUGCAGCAAAGGCUCAGUUUACACACUCCAUUGGGUACAACAACAGUUGGUUCAGCUGGAUAAACUGGAACAAAAGCCAUUUCCACACAGUAAGCAUCUCCUGCAGGAUUCUUUCCUGGAGUGCAUUUCUCUGCUGCUCCAAAACUCCACUUCAGGGAGUGUGUUGGAAGAUGGAGAGUGAAAUGAUGUUGUAGCUUGUCCCACCUCCCCUUUAUUAUGUUUGCUGCAUGUACUCCUCCCACACAGUGACAGUCUGCUGUGUCUGGGUCACAUUUAAUUCAGCAAUUUAUAGUGAACAAACUAAUUCCUCCUCAAUACCAAUGGACAACAUUAUAAAUAAUUCUUAUUGGAAACUGGUCCUUAAGUCAAAGGCAUGAACACUGUUAGUAGCCAUAGCACCUGGGUGCUGAUUUUUUGGUACAGAACAGAAUAGGAAAGUUGCUUUUCUAUUCCCCUAGUCCAAUUUCUGUUAGGUAAUAAGAUUAAUGGGAUAAAACACUUCCACAUUUUGCAAAAGGUGAUACUAAUGGAUCUUAGAGGUUUUAUAUACACCUUUUAAAUACAUAAAUACACUUCAGAGUUGGUCAUUUGCAUUGGGCUUUAGAUUCAGGUGACUGUGUAAGGAGUAAAACACUUUGACUUGAUUUGUCCUUGCUACCAUACCAGAUCUUUAUAUAUAUAUAUAUACACACACAUAUAAUUUAGUUGUCAUUAGUGAAACUAAAUUAUCUUUGCAGUCUUAGAGUCUGAUGAACAUAGAAGCAUGGAAUGGUUUGGGUUGGAAGGGACCUUAAAGAC